AUGUCUGUUGUCAUUCUAGAAUUUCCUUGUACUUUCCCGAAGGUAACCAUAUUGGGAUUUUCCAGUAAUAGUUCCAAACCUAGUAACACUUAUCCCUCGGUGGCGCUCAGGUUGCGGGCGUUGGCAGAUACCUACUGCAUGCCAAUUCAGCAUGUUGUGUUUUUGUGGAAUAUUUCGCGUCCUGAUGGUGGAAGUUUCAAUGAGUCUGCAAUUAACAUGGCUUCCCUUCCGUACCUGUAUAUACCACCAGCUUCUCUCAGAUAUGGUCUCUAUGCAAUCAAUGUUACCAUAUACAUAGACGGAUUCUCGUUUUUCAAUGAUACAAGUGUUGUUUAUCUUUAUGAAGAGCCAACUCCUCUGGUGCUAGAACUGGAAGGAGGUGACCAGCGCACCGUCCUCUUGGGAAAUUCUUUUAAUCUGGAUGCCAGGAAGUCUUUAGAUUUGGAUUACCCUAUCCACAAAACUUGGUAUGACAUUACUUGGUACUGCUGGAUGAUAGGUGACACAACAAAGUUUGAUCCUAACCGCCAUGAAAAUUCUGCUGACUUGAAAUCCCUGGAAUACUGCUUUUCUUCUUUGGCGAUAGGCGCCGGUGAAAACACUACUACUGUUACUAUUCCGGGCACAGAUUUACAAUCGGCGUCAAUGAAGAGUGUUGUGGCCAAAAUGACUCAAGGAGGACUAGUGCAAUGGAAGGCACAAGACAUCAUAGUGAUUCAAAAUUCAGCUGCUAUGCUCUCAAUUAAGUGUAUAGAGAAUUGUUACAGCGUCGUAAGUGCCUCCUUACCUGUACGUUUGAAGGGAGAGUGCCUUACCUGUACACUGUACAAUCGACUUGACCUUACCUAUACUUGGCGUCUCUAUAAAAUUGAUGAUGGAAAAGCAUACCUGAUUGACUAUUUGGAUGCCUGGACAUAUACUGGAACCAGCAGUGCAAACCUAGCUAUCAAACCAGGUCUUUUGGAAGUGGGAGAAUCUUAUGAAAUACAACUGCUUUCUGGGAAUGAUUACACCAAACGUUCAUUUUGGGUAACAUGGCCACCAUACAAUGGAAAGUGUAGCACCAACAUCAACAUAGGUACAGCAUUCAGAAGUAAAUUUAUUGUAUCGUGCAUGGAUUGGCUGGAUGAAGGGGUUCAGAAGACACGAGAUGUAUCAGUAGAUAAAACGUACAGACGUAACUUCGAUUUUACCUUCUACGUUGCCUCGAACACCAGUAGUGAGUACAAGAGGACUCCAUUUUUCCGUGUACUGGGAUCAUGGGCUACAGCUCCAGAGAUGAUCCUCGGUGAGGGUGAUCCUAACAACGACUACAAGGUGGACCUAGUGGUUACGAUAAAAGACUUUUAUGGAAGUGUCAUAACUGUCACUAACACUGUGCAGGUGAUGCCUCCAGAUUACACUCUCCUAGAGGUCACCAACUGUACAGAGAUGUUAUUAUAUGAAGCAGAGAAAGACAUGAUGGGAAUCAUCAUGUUGUCUAAUGGUCUGAUACACAAAUUGACACAGGACAUCAACAAUAAUGAUAACAACCUGUCACAUGACGUUAAGGUUAUGACAGCAACUAUUGACAGAUUGUCAGCCAAUGAAAACUUGAUCCAAGAUGAGGUUUUAGCUGCCAGUACAGUCGACACCUUAAAUAGUAUGUUGUCUCUGGAGACUACGGUGACAAGCCUAAGUAGAGAGAGCAAGAUGAAAAUUGGAAGCUCCUAUCAGAAUAUUGCCAGCUCUCUUGAAACUAACUUCAAACUUUCCAUGUCAUCAGAUGAGAAACAGGCGUUAGCACAAGACCUGCUAAGUGGUGUGGUGACUUUCGCUCAGAAUACAAAGUAUUCUACUGAUUGUUCCUCCAGUGAUUGUGACGAACAGUUCAAACAGGGACAAUAUGUCGUAGAAUUUAUAAGUAUCACCCACAACAUAUCAGCUAUUUUACUGGAGGGUACAGUUCCUGGGGAGGAGGAGAUUAUCAUAUCCAUCCCCCAGGGUAACACUGUCAUGGCUGUCAGGCGCUUGGAAACCUUGGAGGUGUUUAAUUCAACCUUGUCUCUUCAUGGCCAUCCACUCGCUGAAGUGCCUGACCUGUCUGACGUUGUCAACUGUGAAGAGCAUGGCCAUAUGGAUGUGGAGAUUAUGGUGGGAGACAACUUGUACACGACAGAUGCCUCCUGGACUCAGGUAAAGACACAGACCAAUGCUGUAGCUCUUAUUGUGGAUGGAGAAGUCCUACAAGUGGCUGACCUUGUGACACCCAUCAGGAUCCUGUCUCAUCCACCUAUCCUACAGGGCCUGAAUUUUACCUCUGUCAACCUGUCAUCUGACUCCAGCCUCUUCUAUAUACAGCUAUCAGUUAAUGAAUCUUAUGUGACCCCUUUGUUUGUCCUCCAGACACCUAAUCAGAAUGUGAGUCUGAGGUACUAUUUGAAGGUUGGAAUCCCUCCAACCUCAGAGGAUUAUGAUUUCAGUGGACCAGUAACUCCUCUGGAUUUACAAGAUAUAAGUGGAAAUGGAACCCGCUGGCAGGUCAUCAUACAGUUAUCUGACCCAGCCAUAGCCAUGUCACUAGAUACCUCCUCCAGUAACCUGUUAUAUCUAGGACUCUGUUCAGAGAAUGAAGAGAGAACCACAGCAUUAGACAUAGCUCUAUAUGUACUGGACUGCCUGUUCUGGGAGGAUACAAUGAAAAAGUGGUCCAGGAGAGGUCUAUUGUUAGGGAAUGUUACCAACUAUGCUGAGGCCCCUUGUGAAUCCACACAUCUUACCACCUUUGGAACCAAUGUGUUUGUACCACCCAACACCAUCGACUUUAACACAGUGUGGUCUAAGUUCUCGGCUGACAACGUGGCCGUCAUAUCUACUGUGGGUGGUUUGUUAGUGGUCUAUUUCCUGGUACUGUUGUGGGUCCGCAGAGCUGACAAAAGAGAUGUGUCAAAGCCACUGACUCGCGGUAGUGUAAAUAACUACCUUCUGAGUGUGCCCUUUAACCUUGGAAAUCUGACCUUCUUACGGAUCUGGCAUGACAACACUGGCAAAGGCAAGGAUGCUGAUUGGUACCUCAAUAUGGUGCUUAUCAAAGACCUUCAGAACAACCAAAAGUACGUGUUCCUAUGUAACCAAUGGCUUGCUGUAGACAAAGGUGACCAGCAGGUAGAGUGGCUACUUCCUGUUGCCACACAAUCAGAACUGAGCAAUUUUGACCAUCUGUUUUACACAAGGACACGACAAGAUCUGACCGAUGGGCAUCUGUGGAUAUCAGUUCUGUCUCGUCCAACACAGAGUGUGUUUACACGGGUACAAAGGCUGUCUUGUUGUCUCUCCCUUCUCUUCCUCACCAUGGUAACUAAUGCCAUGUGGUAUGGUACCAUGGAUACCACUCAGCAACAGAAUGUUCACCUUGGUCCUUUUACCUUCUCAGGACAGGAGUUAAUUACCAGCAUAGCAGGUAGUCUUAUCGUUGUUCCAGUCAGUAUUAUUAUAAUCACCCUGUUCAAAAAAUCUGAGAGGCGUAGGUCCAAGCAUGCAGACAAAAUGUCUGAACCCAAAGAAGAGGAGUCAAACCACAUAAACAGAAUGAUGUCUAAGCGAGGCCUGGAUCAGUACUGUUCAGAUGAGUGUUCUGAUGAACGUGAGGGCUGUGUUACUCCAAGCGUGAUAGAUACUGCUCUCAUUCAGCCAUUCAACACGUAUAAUUCUUGGGCUGACUUUGAAAAUAGAACGAGUCGUCUGAUUAACAGCAGAAAGAAUCAGCAGAAGUUAUCUGAAGGAGGGAAGAAGAAGAAGCGGAAUCCAUUGCCGUUUUGGUGUCUGUAUUUGUCAUGGAUUCUGGUGGUGCUAUCGGUCCUUGCUUCAGGCUUCUUUGUCAUCCUGUACAGUAUAGAAUGGGGGACGGAGAAGUCCUCACGAUGGCUCACAGCCUUCUUCCUAUCCUUCGUUGAGUCAGUCAUCCUCAUACAACCUCUCAAGGUGGUAUCAGUGGCUCUUAUUCUAAUUUUGGUGUUCAAACGCGUAGAUGAUGAAGAUGAAGAAGCCUAUGUGAACAAAAUUGUCUCGCCUGAAAUGAUGGCAACAAAUCGACUAUCGCCAUCUUAUCCGGCUCAUCGACGUCCAUACCAACAAAACACUUCUGACUACAGUCAAUUAGAAAGUGCCAGGAAACACCGUAAAAGGAUGAAUCGUCUUUUCAACAUUGGGCGUGAAUUAGGGGCUUAUAUAGUAUACCUGGUUGUGGUCUGUAUCCUGACAUAUGAGAACCGGAGUAAAAAUGCAUAUCCAACCUAUUCCCACCUUGAAAAUACAUUCCUGAAACCUCCAACAAAGUAUCGUGCUAGCUUCAUCAAUAUUUCCUCAGCUGAAUAUUUCUGGAAUUGGGCUCAUGACAUAUUGAUCCCUGGACUUUACUCAGAUGGCAUGUACUCUGGUAAUGAUACAGCAGAUUUCCAGGGUUAUCUCAGUGACAACAUCCAUUACAGAGUGGGCACACCCAGACUGAGACAGGCGAGAGUCACACCAGCUGAUUGUACAAUCCCAAGGGAGUUCAAGGAGUUCUUCAAACAAUGUUACCCUGACUACGGACUGGACACCUAUGACAGUAAGAGUUAUGGCGAGGGCUGGAACACCUUGUCUCACAGUAACACUAGUCAAGCCUGGCAGUACCAGGACUCUCUACAACUCAAUGGCUACCCUGUGGUUGGUACAUAUGACUCCUACGGUGGAGGCGGCUACGUCACCACUCUUGGUAACACCAACCAGACAGCUGUCGCUACGUUUGAUUACCUACAUGAUGCGGGGUGGAUUGACCGUAACACAAGGGCAGUCAUGGUGGAAGCAAACAUCUACAAUCCCAAUGUGAAUCUCUUUAGUGUUAUUUGUCUUGUUCUGGAGUUCCCAGCCUCAGGAUCAAUCAUCCCGUUCUCCCAGAUUUCUCCAGUUGUGCUCUACCGAUAUGUUGGGGCAUCAGCUCUUUUUCUACUCAUCAUGGACUUCAUCUUUGUGGCAUUCACAUUGUAUUACCUGUACAUUUUGAUUAAAAAGAUAAAACAAGAAAAAUGUGCCUUUUUAAAACAGUUUUGGAAUAUUAUAGACUUAAUCAACAUGGCAUUUUCUAUCACAGCAUGUGUUUUCUAUGGAAUGCAUUUCAUCAUGGUAGAACUGGCUACCAGUGACUUUCACAGAAAUAAAGAUGCCUAUUUGAACCUGCAGUACAUCGUGUUGUGGGAAGCUUUGUAUGGAUAUAUGUUGGCCUUCCUUCUCUUCUUGUCCAUGCUGAAGUUGUUACUGAUUCUUCGCUUCAAUCCUAAAAUCACCCAGUUAUCUGGGACACUGAAAAAGGCCAAGGGACCUAUCUCAAGUUUUAUGGUUGUGUUUGUGCUCACUUUUCUGGCGUUUGCUCAGUUUGGCUAUUUGGUGUUUGGAAGGGUGGACCGUGGUUAUUACACAUUCAUUGCAACUCUUGAAACACUCAUGUCAAUGCUGAUGAUGAAGAUGGAGAUUGACAACAUGAUCCUGGUCAAUGGUCUGCUUGGAUCACUGUUUGUGUUCCUGUUUGUAAUGGUGAUAGUCUUCAUCCUUAUAAACAUGCUGUUGAGCAUGAUCAAUGAUGCGUUUACAGAAGUACGCAAGGAUCCAUCCUUCCUGCCAGAUGACCCUGCCAUGGCUACCUUCCUACUGGAUCAAAUAAAAGCUUUUGUCCUGGGUUACUAUAAAGACUCCACAGAUAAAGGGAAGAAAGAGAAGACAAAGGAGAGUAAAAAAGAUCUGGAGGAGAAAAUAGAUGACCUUGACCUUCGAUUGCGGACAUUCCUACAAGUUCUUCAUAGAGACAGAAUUUAACUUGUUGUAGUGUAUU